AAGCAAGCUGUCCAAGAUGGACGGAGGCGAGUCCUACGGUGGCUGAUGCACAGCUGACGCGUCUUCCCCUAGGAAGGAAAACCGUGUUAGAGGCAGCACUGAGAGCAGACCGCAGCCUGGGCGCCUGCUGAAGCUGUAGCACCACCAUCCCGGCCCAGCACGCCUUCCUCCUGCAUUAGCAGCACGCCAGGGAUGCCACACCCCCUGCAGGAACACAGCGUACCGGAGUGAGAGCCAGGCACUCAAAGGACACCAAAACGACACGGUUUCUCCCUUCCCGUCCUUCUUCUGUUCGGAUCUCCUUCAGCUGCUCACAGCCCUGCCUGGGCCGGGCGCCCGGCGCUGACACAGGCGGGGUGUGGGCGGUGGGGGGGCUCGGCCACAGCCGCCGCUGCCAUUGGGGCCGGCGAGGGGCCGGGCUGCUGGGCCCGGCGGCCUCGGGGAAGACGGCCGGGAGCAGCACUCUGCGUCCUGAGGUGUCUGGCGGAGGCGUUGCUCGUUGCCGCCGGCUGCCGGGCACGGGAGGAGGAGGAGAGCGACAUUCCAGCCGCUGUCUUUUAUUGCUGAACGUUUGUUCGUUCCUACGAUUCUCUGUGAAGACAAGUUAUGUCAACAGCUGCUUUAAUCCAUUUGGUAAGAAACAGAGGGUAUCAAGUACGGAGAGCCCUGCUGACGUCCCGCCUCUUGCAAGACGAGAAGCGUCCAACAGUUGAGUGCUACAGUUCCACCUCUGAACGCCGUGCGUCCCGCUUCGAUCCAGAUGGGAGUGGGCGACCCGCCACAUGGGACACCUUUGGCAUCUGGGACAAUCGCAUUGAUGAACCUAUUCUCCUCCCACCAAGCAUAAAGUAUGGGACGCCAAUUCCCAAAGUCAGCCUGAGCAACGUGGGCUGUGCUAGCCAUAUUGGCAAGCGGAAGGAAAACGAAGACCGCUUUGAUUAUGCUCAGCUGACAGAGGAUGUCCUGUACUUUGCAGUUUACGAUGGACAUGGCGGUGUGGCGGCAGCAGACUUCUGUGCUAAGAACAUGGAAAAAUAUAUCAAAGAAUUUCUUGCUCAGGAGGAAAACUUGGAAAACGUUUUGAACAAUGCUUUUCUAGAGAUAAACAAUGCAUAUGAAAGGCAUGCUCAUCUGUCUGCUGACGCAACUUUGAUGAACUCUGGGACCACUGCGACAGUGGCCCUGCUCCAGGAUGGUAUUCAGUUGGUUGUGGCAAGUGUGGGAGACAGCCGUGCCCUACUGUGUCGAAAAGGAAAGGCUAUGAAACUCACUAUUGACCAUACGCCAGAAAGGAAGGAGGAGAAGGAAAGGAUUAGGAAGUCUGGUGGCUUCGUUGCCUGGAACAGUUUGGGACAACCACACGUGAAUGGUAGACUUGCAAUGACGCGGAGCAUAGGAGAUUUGGAUCUUAAGAACAGUGGCGUGAUAGCCCAGCCAGAAACAAAAAGGGUUCAGUUGCAUCAUGCAGAUGACAGCUUCCUGGUCCUUACUACAGAUGGUAUUAACUUCAUGGUGAACAGUCAGGAGAUCUGUGACUUUAUUAAUCAGUGCCACGAUCCCGCUGAAGCUGCCCAUGUUGUUACUGAGCAGGCAAUGCAAUUUGGCACUGAGGACAACAGCACGGUUGUCAUAGUGCCUUUUGGAGCAUGGGGAAAGUAUAAAAACGGCGAGAUCAACUUCUCCUUCAGCCGCAGUUUUGCCUCCAGUGGGAGGUGGGCAUGAAGUCCUGCCACAGCUAUCUUUUCCUGCAAUAAUCUGGACACAGCGUGCUACAAGAGAGCACCCAUCUGUUCAUAAGCUGGCUGAAUGUCUUGUUCAUCUCCCCUGCUGCCAGUGUUAAGGAAGAUGCCACCGCUCCCUUAGUGCGUAAUGUCCCAUUACUGCUUGCAGUUGAUUGCAUUUUACUAUGCUCGUUUAUUCAGAUUGGCAUUGAGGCAGCUAUUUCUUUGGGUUUCUAUUCCCAGCAGCUCUUCACACCACUUGGUUCACGUAGACAAGUCUCUAGGCCUCCACCUGAGGCUGGAGCUAUUGCACAUUUGUUUCAUACCAACCUGUAUUACCUAGGACUCUUAGUUACCUGGCAGCUGUGAAAGUCUGAGACUGAGCCAUGCGCCAUCUUCUUUGUACAUUAAUCCACAGGGGAACAAGCGCACAGUUUUCCUAGUGAGACAAAAAGAGGUUUUGUUGUUUUCCUCUGCCAUGCAGCCACCCAAAACUCCCUGUGUUUCCAGGAGAAGCAGGUGAAAUACAAGGGGGAAGUUUCAGAAGCAAUUAGCCUGUGGUUAUAUUCUGGUGCCAGUGGCAUUCAGUGUACCUGAACAACAUCCUAAGACAGUGCUGCUUUGCAGGAUUUUAGGCUCUCACUGCUGUUAUCUGUCAUCCUUCAGCUCCCAAGAGACAGAGCAGGCUAGAGCCAUGUACUGUUGGACAGAGAGGAACAUCUCUCUGUUGGGUCCAAAGCCUGGACCACCUGUGUGGACCAUGCAGCAGCCCCUUGCACUGCAUUGUCUUUGGUGUGUCAGUGGCUUAACAGAAGCAUGUAGGAGGGAAAAAGCAGCACAUUUUUUGAAUUGCCGAGACUCCGAUCAAUUUCAAUGUCCUUUUAUUUUUUUUAUGUUCUCCUUUUUUUUCCCCCUAAGAAAAAAGAAACAUUUCAAAGAGUUUUCUAUUCAAGAUUCUUUGGAUGUCUAAGAAAGGAGUUUGUUUAUUAUUUCUUCAUAAAUAUAUGAGCAUUUUCCUGCCCUCUGCUGAAGUUUUUUUUCAGUUAGUCAGGAUGUCCUGGGUCUCCUUAUGGUAUACAGAGAGAUGUAAAAUGCUCAAAGCAAGAAAGCUAGAGAAAUGAGUGAGCAUUUUAAUAACGUACUACAGUAAUUUUUGUAAGUUUGGGGGUUUUGUUUCUAGUGGGUGUCGGAUACUGGGACACCAAAAGGUAGUUUUGUACUUAAAGGAAAUGUAUCUACUUCCCUUUGUGUUGGGAGUCUGUGUCCAGCAAGGCACCAAUGGCCAGAGCCCUGAGCCAGCUCAGCUCGCUGCUGUGACAAGACUGCAGGUGACACGUCAGUGUGUUGGCAGCAGGCGAAGAGCUGUCCCAGCAUGCCUCCGUCAGAUCUCGUUCUUCCUCUGCUCCAAAUCAGGCGUGCAGUUCCUGUGGCCUCUGAAUCGCCCUGCUGUAAGAAAAUAAGGGCAGAGGAAAAUCAGGCUCUUCCCACAUUUGCAACAGUAGUUUUUAGCUGUUUCCAACCAUGCAAUUUUACAUACCAAACAAACCAGCCAACCAAAAUGAACAGAAGUGAGAGAAAUUGCCUGAUACUAAACCACGUUACAACAAGGAAAAAUAUUUCUGAGAUGCCUGGUCCGAUUCUUGUUUUUGAGUGUGACAUAGGCAUCUUCAUUAUUUUUAGCCCUUUCCAGACCCAGGGUUACAGCACUGAUAGUCAUUCCACAUCUUCUCGGCUCUAGCUGCAGGCCUAGGAGCACCCUGCAGAGCUCAGCGUUGUACUGACAGCAUUAAUUCUCUGUGUUUAGAGAGUAUGCUCAUUUUGUCCCAUUGCUUGGUGUAUUAUAUGGUAUAUAUAGUGUCAAUAUUUGGUUCAUAAGUAUAAAGAACUCAUGAAUCAGUAUUUGUAAAUCUCUGUUGUAUUUGUUGCUGUUGCCCAGGCAUCUUGAAUGAAUGUGUCAUUGGUUUACAAUUAUAAUCCCUUCUCUCUCCCCAGAAUUGCCCCAGCACUGGGGUUCAGUCUUCACCUGAGAUCAACAUGUUUGAUCCUGGACUCAGCCUUGUUUACUUGAGGCAAAAGGUCACUUUUGAUUGAGAACUUCUAGUUCCCAGCCUGUGAUAGGUUUGAAAAUUGCCACAGCCUGUUUGUAGUAAAACCAGCAAGAGGCAGCCUCUCCUGAUCCUGAGCACUUGCAGAGAGGAAACACCUACCAGAGGUUUGGAGAGCUGUGCUGGCAAUGUGGUUAUGACCCAUUUGCACUGCAACCUGAACAGCUGACUCCCACUGAGAAACUGACCUGCUGAAAUAGCAAGCGCAAUAGCUCUCGGCUAAGGGUUAACCACAGCACAUAGCCAUCUUACUCUGGGCAGAGGAAGGGUUAGAGUCAGCUCUGCAGAGGGAGUUGCUGCAGGGGCAGCUUCGGUGUCAAGUGUCGGACAGGCAUGAGCAGCAGCGUAGGGGUUUGGACAAGCCCCAUCGACACAUUUGGUGCCAAACGCCACUAUCCAGGCAGAAGAUAUCAAGGGCGCUGGGGGUGUUUGUGACAAGUACAUGUUUUUUUGAGCAGUACUGGAUACUUGCCAAACUGAAUGCAUAGUAUCAAAUGUAGGCUGGUAAUGAGUAACACUGCAAAUGAAGAGCAGGUGCUCUGAGGAAUGGCCUGGCAGUUAAAAUAACUUUCAAGCAUUGACCUAUAUGUAAAAUGAAAUCAUUUUUAUACUAACUGGAGAUUUGGGGGCAUUUUUUGUUUUAUCCCUAUCUGGUAGAAAAUUUCAUAGAUAACGGAAGUUGUUGUGCUUUUAUUUCCUCUAACAGACUGGUUGUCAUCUCAGAGGAAAGAUCCAUCCGUAACUGCUUCUGUAUUAUUGAAAGGAAGGGAUAAGACAAAGCUUUCCAAAAUAUGAGGUGAUUAGAUAUUACUGCCUUUAUACAACCACAGGAAAACUUUGGCUACAAAGGAAUUUUCAGUGUCAUCUAGUGCAGCCUCCUGCUCAAAGCAGAGCUAAUUUCAGAGUUAUAUCCUGCUGCGAAGGGGCAUCUCCCGACACUGAAACGUAGUGACUGAAAGCGGAUGGGAAUAAAGAUUUUAGCAUACAGUGCAAUCUACCUGUUGAACCACUAAAACACAUUGAAGGUGAAAGCUUACCAGCAUGUGAAAAACAACAGGCACUUUGUAUAGCUACCAGUGAAUUUCACAAAUCAAUUAGCACAUGUAUCUAACAGAUACUAGCUGUUUUGCUCUACGCAAAAGUUAAUGAGCAACUGACAAAAGACUACAAAGAUGCAUUUCUUAUGCACAGGUUAUUCCCCGCCUGUUCCCUCUAGUUUUCUGUAUUUCAUUCUAAAGUAAACAAACUACCAAUUAAGAUGAAACUCUUUGCCAAGUGGCACAGUAGUCUGCCCAUUCCUCUCUCCAUUAAGCACAGAGGAGCCUUCACACUGGUUUGUGGGGAUUUUUGACUUCAUGCUGUGCACUGCCAGACUCUUAAGUGCCAGUCAGAAGCAUCAUUUUGUACAGACACUCCACUACCAGGAUCUUUCCCCUCAACAACAGCCUUGCCUUUUCCUGCAACCAUGACAGUAAACUCCCUUAGGAUUUAAAUGGCAACUGUGCCAAACCUUGUUUUUUUUCAAAGAAAUCAGGCAAAACCUGCAGUGUCCUUGGUGAUGGGUUCUUCAGUCAUUUGACACUUCUUACUGAAGAGUCAUUCAAAUAGUCCCAUUUCCAUUUUAGUUUUGGGGUGUUUGGGCACCGAUAGCACGUAAACUGAGUGGGCUUCGCCAAUGCCUUCAGUGGGACUCAGUGUAUGGCACUGAAAAUCCCUUGCACGGACUAUGGAAGUUGGAAGAAUAAAGUUGUGUCAUGGUAAACACAACUGUCUUGUUGUGGUACCAGGGGAUCAAAUUAGCAGCACCCUGGAUAAUACCCAGCAAAGGAACCUCUCAGCACAGGGUCCCCCACCAGAGAUACGUACUGAUCUGCUCUAAUGAAGGUGUGCUUCUAUUUUUUUUUUUCCUCCCUAGUCAGCAGGCCUCCUGCUGCUUACAGCAGCUCUACAAGUGAUCAGAUUGAAGCCACAAGAACAUGCAAAAUUAUCUUGCCUAGUAGAGGGUUCCUUUUAACCUGAGGGAAUAAAAGCUAAUUGUCUACAACAAAAAGCUAAUUAUCUACUGUCUACAACAGUAGUUGCCUAUCAAAGGGGUUUAUUAUUGCAGGAUCUACGUGUAUCUUAAAUUUUGAAUGAAAUUCAACAGAAUCUCAGUUUUCUCUCUAGCUCUCUUUCAUGUUCAACUGUUGUAUCAAUGAAAAGAAUUAUUAUUUUUUCUUAAAUUGCAAGCUCAACUGAACAUUAAAGGUUACCUACUGAGCAAACCACAGCAUUUUUUUUUCCUGCCUUUUUUGAGCUGGAUUCUGAACUCCAUGAGAUCUAUCUAGUAAGCAUUAUUUUCUUGCCUGAACACUCCUCCUGGAACAGUGCUACUUCUCUAAAGUACAGGUACUGCCGGAGGGUGGGCUGCUGGUAUGGAAAGGCAAAAAAUGUUGUCCAGCUUGUUACUUGUUUUUAUUGUGAAGACUUGGAAGGCACAGGAGGCCUGUUGCUGGAGGAUUUACUAGGAGACCUGUUCAGAUUGCAACUGGAGUUGCAGCCUGGUCUCUCCACAACCCAGGCAGUGAGGUUUCAUGCUUCAUGGAGGGAACUUGCUACGGUAGAACCUCAUUUGCAGCCACGAUAGAGGAGAGCAGGAGAGCAGGUCUGUCUGGAAGGUGACAGUAGCGCAAGAAGUAGAAAUGAGGGUGAGCUAUAACAGCUUGUUUAAUACAGUGCCCUCUUAACGACUAGUCCCGUUUUGUUUGAAAAGCUCAGGGAUGGUGAAUAACCAUGAAACAUUGUUUGUGGUUGAGAGUGGGGAUGUGAGAGAAAUUAGACAUUACUGCUUUCUACGUGUUCGGGGAAAUGAAAAUUCUGAGGAGCUGAGACUCACCACAGGAUUCUACACGAAUUGGGGUAUCAGAUGACCUUUUCUGUCUCACCAGGCAUAUGUGCUGUGGUCAAAGGCAUUGGGGUUUCUAACUAAGGCAGUAGCACGAAACAGAUAGAAGUUAAACUGAUAUAAUAUUAAUUUCUGUUAAGUAAGAUCACUUAUGCAUUUAUAGGUCCAUUGUUCACUUACCCAACCAGAUGAACAUACAUUGUAGCAACUCCCCAGCUUGGUUUUGAAGCUGCUGUUCUCAAUGCACAAAUACCCAUUGGAGUUCCCCCUUACCCAGCACGUCAAAUGCUUGGGCAGUGGCAUGUGUCAUAACUUUCUACAGACAAGUACAAUUGCAGAUGUUCAUUUCACAGUUUGCCUUAGGACUGUCUUACUGUCUGUAAUUCCUGAGGUUUGAUGUUUAUGUUUGGUGUAAUCAUUGUCCAUAAUUAAUCUACUUCAUUUUAUUGAAAUACUAAUUUUCCUUCCCCCAACUCCUUCAUUAUUUGAUUUUUUUUUUAAACAACGUGUCUUCAAAUUUGUGACUCAUAUACUCAAAUGUACAGUGGGGCAGAUAAGGCUGUACUGGAAUGCUUGAAAAAGAUCUUUAAAUAAAGAAUUGGCUUCUAGAGUUAUAUCACCACAAAUGUAAUUUUCUUUUCCCCACCACACACUGCCAACUAUUUGUUUUGUUUUUCAAGCUCUGUUGUGACUGUCAUGAUAGCCCCAAGCCUUAACCUCUGCCAUAAAAAGCUUUUGAUAAGCAAGGCUAUGCCUACAAAGGCAUUCAGCCAGCAACAGCCAGUGCAAAGUACUCAUCUCUGUGCUGUCAGCAUCCUCUGCCGGCUUUGUUUUGUCAGGGCCACAUGUUCUGACUUGCUAUUUUUGUCUUACAUUUUGCUAUAUUACAACAACAAGAAAUCAAAAAGCCCUCUCUCUAAAAAAUAAAAAAAAAAAGUUUGCACUAAAACAUUUCCUUUUGUAAACCUGGAAAGCUAGUUGCUGUGGAGAGCGAUUUCAUCUUGUGACACAGUGGAAACAAACAACUUGGGCCCCCUCCACACACGAAUAUCAUUUGGCUUCCGCAUCAAUUCACAACUUUUCAGUUACCCUAAAAGAAAUGAUAAAAGAGAAAAUAACAGCCAAGUGUUUUAUCUCAUCCACAGAAGUAAGCCUGUGACAACUACUAUUUUUAACAUUUACUGCUUUUACAGCUGAACUCAAACCUACCUUUACUCUUUUCUCCUUUGAAGGAGCAGCCUCAAGUCAUAACACCUUGCUAUGGCAGUGCCUGGCUCUUCUUUUUAGGACUAAUGAGAGUCUUUUUCUCAUCCUUUGUUGCCAUUCCACUUCUCAUCUCAGUCAAGAGCUUAUCAGCUCUUAAGAUGCAUGCACGUAUCAAACCGUCCUGGUUUCGGCUAAGAUAGUUAAUUUUCCUUCUAGUAGCUGGUAUGGUGCUCUGUUUGGGAUUUGGGAUGAAAAUAAUGUUGAUAUCACACUGAUGUUUAAAUUGCUGCAGAACAGUGCUUACAGUAAGCCAAGGACUUUUCAGCUUCUCACAUUGUCCUGCCAGCGGGCAGGCUAGGGGGGGUGCAGCAGGAGCUGGGAGGGGACAGACCCAGGACAGCUGACCCAAACUGGCCAAAGGGGUAUUCCAUACCAUAUGGGGUCACGCUGAACAAUUAAUAUGGGGGGCUGGCAGGGAUGGGGGGACCGGCUGCUCAGGGAUAGGCUGGGCAUCAAUCAGGGGGUGGUGAGCAAUUGCAUUGUGCAUCACUUGUUUUGUACAUGUUAGUAGUAAUAGUACUUAUCGUUAUCAUUAUUAUUAUUAUCAUUUUCCUUUCUUUUCUCUUGUAAUAAACUGUCUUUAGCUCAACCCACAGGUUUUCAUUUCUUUCUGAUUCUCUCCCCCAUCCCAGAGAGGGUCAGGGGAGGGUGAGCGAAUGGCUAUGUGGUGCUGAGCUGCUGGCUGGGUUAAACCAUAACACAAACACAUGGUAAUAAGGGUCUUAUAAUCACUUCUCCAAGUAAGUAAAUUUUUUAGACAGGGUGUUGAGAAACCUGCCGGACAGUUUUGCCCUUUCCUCAUGCCUGCCCUUUUGAAGUAGUUGGGAAAUGGCUGCCAGGUUAGUCUGUAAUCAGAGCAUUUGUCCCAUAAUGAGUGUCCUUGUGACCUGCUGGUUAAUUUACGCCAUCUGGAGAGGAGGGAGGUGGCUGUGUCCCAGCAGCACCACAGCAGUUCCCUGCCCAACCUCACCAAGAUAGUAGUGGGAGAGCAAAAAGCAGUGCUUGCUCUGGCAUGGAGCACUCAGAGAAGCUGGGCCACUGGGAAGGGCUGGAAGCUUUUCACAGGAGCAGAGGGCAGCCUGCAUCAACGUACCCCCCACAGCCCACCUGCAUAGGGGGUUGUGGCUGAUGACACAUGGGUUUCCUCACUGCUGUUGGGCAAGAGCCUUGCUCUGUGUGCAAGCACAGACAUACAUCAAUAUUUGCAUUUGUAACCUAUGCUCCCCCAGAGGACGUGUCACCUGUUGUGCAGCACUUUAACCACCCUGCAGCCCUCCCCUGAACUGAAUCCCUGCCCCUGGGAGGUCACUCUGCCCCACAGAGCUGCAAUGGAGCUCAAGGCAGGCAUGAUUGCAGCGAGCUAUCAUGUCUCUCACCCACUGUGACCUUGUGCUGGAGAACUGGACACUGGCCUGCUGGAUGUCUGUUGAAGAUUUUGUAGCUCUAACACCAGCAUUUGAGCUGCCCUGAAUCUUGCAAGACACUAUUCUCACGGACCCAGGUUUACAAUGGAGAGUGCACAGAAGGCUGUGGCUUUCCUAUUGCGUCCUUAGCAGGGCUUUUGUACACCACAGCCCCAGAGCUGCCUGCCCCCUGUGCCACACAGGAUGUUGCCCUGCAGGUCUGCUUGACCCAUGCCACAAGCCAGUCUCCCUAAGCCUGUCCCCCACCCCCACCCCCAGUACCCCUCAAGCCCCCAAACACAGCAAGAACCACAUCACUGCUCCCCACAUGGACGUGCUGCUUAGAUGGAUAAGGCUCCUUCCACCCUUCUGCCUUUGCAUCCCAGAAGAGAACUGAUUUAAGCAAAAUAGGUCUUGGUGCCUUCCCCCCCCACCCCCCCUGAGGAAUGAAAGAUGAGGCUCUAAGAGAAUCACUGGACUCCAAGACAACUUGCCACGUCUAUUUCUGUCCCAGCAGCUAUCCUUCUCACCCAGACAGUACCCCUCUUGCCAAAACAGCUACUUGUCACCUCUCCGCAUCAUACAGUCACAAUCAUUUUUAAUACUACUCUAGCUGUAAGGGCAAAAAUUAAUAACACAAAAUUUUCUGAAAAGAGUAGUAUCCAUUUCUUUCUGCAUCCUAAGAGUGGUAUUUGGUUAUACUGAAACCUGCUUGACACAAUGAAAAAUCCAACUUAAGCCAUCUCCUCCAUACCAUCGUGAACUUGCAUUGCUGAAUCCCAGACUAAAGCUUUGAGGUGUAUGGUUGCAGGUGCCAGAGCACCUUCAGCUUAUCCAGUAGCUUCCUCUUUACCUUUGGACUUCUCAGACUGUUCUUGCAGUGUGAUCAACAUUAGUAACAGCAUUUCUAAUGCAAAAAGCAACUUAAGAAACCAACGUGACUUCCAAGGGGACUAUUUUAAGAAACUUAAAGGGAUGAGAUUUUGCAAAAAUUUAAAAAAUAAAAUUUUAAAAAUUUGCAAAAAAAAUGUAGAAUAGGCUCUCUGGAUAGCCAGAGAGGCUCCUAAUGUUAGUUUGUUCUUGUUUCUUUUUAAACACAUACACCCUACUAAUUAGCUGUGAAUGUAUGAAAUAGCUCUUCGCCAUUUAGCACCAAUGCAAAUUUCUAACAAGAACAUUUCUGCCACAAAACUUGCACCCUAUUCCUGCUCCUAAUUAUUCCACAAUUCUGACCUUAUCUCUGCUUAUUUGAAAAAGGAAACAAACAAAAACCCCACAGUAUUAGCUACCAGCUAAAACAUAGGCUUGUGUUGCUUAGAAACGUAAGCCAGUUCCAGUUAAGGAAGAUGCAAGACCACAAUCUCCUUGGACAUUACACGUAAAAUCAAUUAAAAAUACAGGUCACUUAAACUGUAUCAAACAAAGAGAAAGAGACUGCACAAAGCCUUUGAGCUUGUGUUCUUCAUCAAGUAAAAUCUACCUGAAUCUCCAAUUCAUGGAAUAUGCAAGGCAGCAGCUCAUCCAGAUGUUAUUAAAAAGCUUCAGUGUAAAGGCCUGGCAACAGAUGGCCUUUAAAGAGGCUCCCUUCUGGGUAUGAGUGAGGAGCUCACACCAUGGGCCAGUGUGCUCUGGUGGGGUAAAGACAGGAAACCUUCCCUUCUACAGCUUCCUCACGAGGGGGAGUGGAGGGGCAGGCGCCGAUCUAUUCUCCUUAAUCACCAGUGACAGGACCCGUGGAAAUGGUGUCAAGCUGAGGCAGGGGAAGUUUAGGCUAGACAUCAGGAAGAGGUUCUUCACUGAGAGGGUGGUUGCACACUGGAACAGGGUCCCCAGGGGAGUAGUCACUGCAACAAGCCUGUCGGAGUUUAAGAAGUGUUUGGACUGUGCACUUAGUCACAUGGUCUAAAAUUUUGGGUAGACCUGUGUGGUGCCAGGAGUUAGACUCGAUGAUCCUUAUGGGUCCCUUCCAUCUUGGGAUACUCUAUGAUUCCCACUCGCUUUGAAACCAGACCGGGGUUGGCUUUGUCAAACCCUUCCCCAUGCACAGUAGCAGUCAACAUCAGCAUCCUUCAUUUCCUCUCCCUGGUCACCAACACAUGACUACAGCUGUUUUUUGACAGGACCAGGCGGCCCUGUAAGACAGAAAGCUGGCUGAACUAACAGCUACCUGGCCAGUGUUCUGGCCCAUGCUCAAACUCAAUUUGCUUUUACCACUUGCAGACCUUUCUCUGCUCUUUACUGUAAGCUGACCAGAGCAACCUGAAAUGAAUUUCACUGCAGUUAGGAGAAAAAAAACAAUACAUUCAAAGCCCACAGCAUUUACAGACCAAACUUCCCGUGAGCUUCAUGCAACAGGAGCCCAGUAGUAAAGCCCUGCUUUCCCACUCCACCUUUGGUGGCGUUACACACAGCCUGGGACCAGCAGGGACAGGAGAUAGUGCAGCCCUGGCAGCGGGAGGCUGACCUGAAAAUGGAGAAAAGGGACCCUUCAGCAGGAGGGGGAGCAGCAUCACUGCCCAAGCUGAGAGAGGGAAGAACUUAAACGCAACCUGCACAUGCUUUCCCUCUCUUCAGACUAUGCCUCGACAGGACCUUGACAGUUUACCAGAUAAAUGCAAAGUUUUCAACUAUUAGGACAGUGGAUGUUGUCCAUUGCAAACCUCGAUUCCCUUUGAAAAACGUUUUUCACUUUCUUCUUUCUUGAAAAAAGAAAAAUAAAAGCCUGUUACACAUAGCUACGUGCUUGCUUUCCAUGAAAGCCACUGGAGGCCCCCACCAGAAGCUAGGGAGCAUGGUAAGCCCCAUGGUGAAGUCUCCCCGAGGUCUGUGGGUGGGUGUGAGCAGAGCUGCCCUUGCCCGAACCACAUGCACUCUGAGGCAUACCCAGCACAGGCAAAGACAGGGCUGGGACCCUAACCCUCCAGAAAUAAUGCACAGUGCACUCCCCAGUAAACACAAGUGACCACCCGCAUUGCCUCUGUCCUUUUCUGGCUAAAAAGGAAAAAGAAAAAAAAGACGCCACAAGCACAUAAUAAAAAAAUGUGUAUUUUCUGUAAGUUCUGUGAAAGACAAAGUGCUCUCUGUAAAUAAACAGCCAAACUCCACUUUCUGGCUUGACACAGCUUCUAGGAAGACCAAGAGACUGCACUUGAACUCCCUUUGGGUUUAUGUCCUACACAAGCAGCCUUAAAGGCACCUGCUGAUGGAUGAUCAGACUAGUGAUCGUCCUCAUGAGGAUUUUAUGGGCUGCCCAGCAUCAGCAGGACUGCAACUCACCAUGCCUCGAUCCCAGCAGUAAUGCAAAUCUGCAUCCCACUGGAAGGACACCGCUUGGUUCAGUCCCCUACCCACUGGCUGUUCAGCAUACGCUAGCAGCCUGUCCACAACAAUGAGCUGAAGUGCCAAGGGAAAUAGAAAUUAAGUUAUUAAUUGAAUGGGCACGGCUCAGACUAACCCCUUCCAGUUGACUGCAGGCAAGUGCAAAGGAAUGCUAAUCCCCCCAGUCACAGAGGAAGGCCUGCUGCAUUUCCUUGCACUAAUAAGGACCUUCCAAAGCAGGUGUUUGCCCACCUUCAUUUAUCCUUAGGUGUUGCUCAGCCCUACCACUGAAGUUAGAGUUACGAGGACCCUUUUUUAGGCAAGAAACUGCAGAAGUAGCUACUGAAUUUUUAUUAGAGGAGCUUGAUUUCUUCACUAACUUUUCAGUCCGGUGCAUCUUAUCAGUUUCAGUUUAAGGUCAAAAAAAAUUUUACAACAGAUUUCACACAACACUUCUUUCCCACAGCUAGAAAGGGAACAUGUAAAAACUAUCUAUUAUAAUGCACUGAACCUUUCUCAAGCCUUUCUUCUUAUUUUUAAUUUACUUUGACAUCAGAUUCUGUAGCCAGUUCAAAUAGCAGUAUUCACACAGAGAAGACUACAAAUUAGACAGCUGUGUGGCUGUGCUCCAGUGUUACCUCUCACUCCUACCACCAUUUACUCCACUGCACUACUGAGAGAAGCAGGCAGAGACAUUCAGCCAGCCAGGUUCAAGACAAGGACUUUCAGCACUCAAAGCCUCACCUUAUCAGCAGGGUUUCACCAAGUUAUCACACAGCCAUCAGUAAAAGCUUUCAAAAGAAUUCAACUCCAACAGCAACAAACAAAACAGAGACUAUCGCCAAAAGAACCCAUGAGAGACUAGCUAUAAAGAUUGAGUUGGUGGGAACGUAUGUCUGGAAGACAGGAGAAAAGCUCUAAAAAUUAUUUGUGCAACUAACUGCAAGUUCUUUGCAUCAGUCAAAAUGAAAUUAAGCACAGGUUUGCUAACUUAAUGUGGCACCGAUCUAUGAAGGGAGCUCAUUUUUGCCAGUGAGAAAGAAAGAUUUAAAUAUCGUACAGCGAGAGGUUCUGCCACACAGACCAUCCUGGAACUAAGGGUAGGAGGGCAUCUCACCCUCCAUGGAGAGGGCAGCGACCCCAAAAGAACCAGUACCCAAGAGCACACAAAUACACUCUAAACACUCCCCCCCCACUCCACCGAGCCUUCAUGAAAUCAAUUCACAUUUAAUGCAGUAACCACAGACAGUUAAAAGCAUCAGUAGAAAUGACUUUUACAGCCAAAUAAUACACUUACUGAUAAAUACCAAGAAUGCAGCGUGAGUUCUAGUGUUAAUCAGCCAAGGAACGCGGUAGGUCCAACUGCAUCAAAGCCUGGUUUUUAAUUAGAGAAAAAAUGUUAGCAGCCAGCAUUGCUAUGUAAGUAACUACCACAGUGAAAACCCACCUUCUUUAGCAUUACCAAGUCAGAAAAUAGUAUAAAAAUGGGUUGAAGAAUUAGUAAAUAUAUAUAUUUGGGGAUCUUAAUCUGUAUCUCAACAGAUAAGGUCAAGUUCUGCUUUAGCAGUUGUCCUCUCCAUGGGGAAGAGGAUUUAAGUUUUUAAUACUUCCUCCUCUUGCCACGUCAUCAUGGAGCUCAACUUUAAUCAUUCUUUACUGUCUGCCUUCUCUGUAUCAGUACUGUCUAUUCUUCUAAACACUGUCAAAUUCUGCUGGCUUCACAAACUACAAUGACACUCGUAAACCAAAACCAAUUACACAGAGAUUCACAAUUUCAACACUGCAUCAUUGCGAAUGAAUGUACCAGUGUUCAGAAAACAAAACUGUAUCAAAUGGUAGCAAUUUACUCUUUCUGAGGAUAAAGAAACACGGUACUCAUCAAUUACCGCUCCCAAUUUAAAAAUGUUUAUUCAGCUGCAAAUGUUGCUUCUUUACAACAAAUGCAAAACAGCUUUUUGGUGGUAAAUAGCAGGUAUUUAUUUGAAAUGAAAAAAAUACUUAAGUACCUGAACUAUUGUAUUUAAUCAUGUAUUGUAAUUGUGUUACUCUACCUUUUUGCAUUGGAGACAAAUAUACAAUGAACAUUCAGAUAUCACAGAUUGCACACUAGAUAGUAAAUCGUCAGGCCUUUUACGUAACCACCAAAAAACAGAUAUUGGAUUCUACAAUAUAGUACAAAAUUCCACACUCCAGUCUUAGCCAGUUAUCUUCAAUUUACUCCUGAUGCUGUACAAAUAAAUGGUCAUUUAACUAGGGCUUACAAGUUAAUAACAGGACAAAAAAAAUAUACAUUGCACUGACACAAAAAGUCAGCUCUGUUAAUAGUCAUGCAACAAGUAACCAAACUUGCUGAAAUUAAAAAUACUUUCUAAAAACAGUUUUAACUGCAUAAAUAUUUUAUACACAGUUCAUUUACUGAAACAAAAGAAGUCUUUAAAUGAUACAAAGCAAAUAUAAGUAUCUACCAAUUUUAUACAUAAGAAAGUGCAAAAUAACUUAUCUAAAGUGUUUUGCUAUUGAAUUGAUGACUGUGGGCUGGAGGCAGCCAACCCCUCUCAUAAGCGUGACAUUACAGUUGCACACUACAUAUGAAUGUUAAGAGUACAUGAGUAAAUAUCCUACAAAGAACAAGGCAGGAGAAGACGUGUGAGGUACUUGCAGAGAUUACAGUCUACUGAUGUUAGUGUACAUGAGUAUAUUUUUGCGCAACAAAUUUUUACAUGGAAAACAAAGCAAGUAUUUGCAUUAGAACCUUGAAAAGAAAUAACACUCUCAAGUGAACAAAUCGGUUGCCCACAGCACCAGUUGCCAGAGGGAAUACCAGCAGGUGUUUUUUUUCCCUUCCACACCUCUUACUUGUGAGAAUGUGUAUUUGGAACAGCUCAACCAAAGAAUUAAGUCAGAAGACUGUGGUUAUCAGUUUGCAAAACGCAAAUUUGGACUAAACUCUAUGUUACAGACUUUGCAAGGCAUAAAGACCUUGAUUUUAGCAUGCUGACAAAUGUAAAACACCCAGAUCAACACCCGUACAAUGUGCCUACGUGGUCGAACACCAUCAACCACAUCGCCACCCCAGCCCAUGAUCUUCACGAGCCUGCACUAAUACUAUCUGUCAGAUUUUUCUUUCCAUGUUUAGAGUAUAUCAGAGUUACUGUCACAGUAGCCCUGCUUUUAUUAGGGUUUAAUAAUGUGGCUGUAAAAGCUCCAGUCUGUGGAAAUGAAUUCUUCCUUAAAUUUGGUUUUGAUUUGAAAACUGGAGGCAAGGAGAGGGAAUCUCUGAGUACUCAAAGGCAUUUAGUGGUUGUUAAAAUAGCCUUUUCUUCUAACAGAGAAAGUGUAGGCCACCAGCCUAUCUUCUGAACUAUGCUGGUUUUGCAUCGUUUUGGGAAGGGUCAAGGCAAUGUUAGAGAGAACAUCUGGAUACAGACAUUCAAACACUCCACGCACAUUUGAGGACUUCCCCCCCUUCCGGUUUUAACAAUAAAUCUGCCAAGGGAGCCAUGCAACGUAGCUACAUCAUCAUCACAGUCCAGAUCCAAAAGGAUCUAUUUGGGUCAGCUCAUUUAAUCAAACCUGUGUUUACUCUAGAGCCCUUGCACACUGCUGAGUAGUCUUUCUGUUCAUUUGGGGACCUAGUAUACACACCAAAACAGUAAUUUAUCUCAUUUUACAGACCAGCACAUACAUAAUAAACACACUUGUAUCAAAAUACAUAUUUAACCUUCAGUGCAUAAACGUGUGAUACCAGGUUAAAGAGUAAGUGGUCAGGAUUAACAAAUUAUUCCCCCCCUAGAAGCCCCAGUCAAGAGAAGACAGGUGUGCCCCCUUGGCAUUGGCAGCCCUCUGGAAGUUGCUCGUGCUAUCACAGAGGAUCCCAUAUUUUCCAUGCUGCAAUUCCAACAACAGCAUUAACCACCUGCAGUCCAGGGACCAGAGUCCACCCAAUUCACUCCAGUGCAGGACAAUCUCACCAUCUGGAGCAAAGACACUCAAUGACAUUGAGGGGCCACCUGUCUUCUGUUGGCUUGGGUCAUAUCCUUACUGUUAUUUAGAAGAACCCACUGCCAAUGUAUCUAGAUCUAUAUCAGUUUGUCACUCAUUUACAAAAUAUAUACACAUACAUUAAAGAAACAAAACAAAAAACAAAACCCACUGUCAAGACCUUCUUUGGAGAGUAGUCCAUGGGCCUAUCUGAUGCAUGUGUUCCAAUCUCAGUGGAUGUCCGUGUCUCUACUUCAUCCCACAUGUAGUACAAAACAAGUGAUGGAGUAGUAAAAAACAAACAAACAAACAAAACCUGAAAUUCAAUUCAUAUUAGAACUUAAAAAAUGGUAAUGGAAAUCUACCGCUGUCCUCAAGUUCAUGCCGUUUGCUGACACAUGAAGAUAACUCUGAGAAGCAUUUCUGACAGGACCAGCGCUAACCCGUUUCAGAGCAACAACUAUGUUGUUCCAAACAUUUUUUUGCAAAUAAGCUACGGGACACGAGGUUAAAUUCUAUGCACAAGAAAUUAAUUCUGUACCUGUAUGCAAGCCAAUUGCUAUUCAUUUAAAUAAGGUAAAAGCUGGUUCUUGCACUGCAUGAAUCAGCUGCUAAUGAACAUUAAGUCAUUAACAAAACUUCAGCUCUGACAUAUGUAUAAAAGAGGCCUUGUUAAAUAUGAACAACACUGAGGUGGUAAACAGUUUGGUAUAAAAUGCAACCGAAGUGCACAAUUUUAGUUCCUGGUUAUCUUACAGCUAGAAUAAAAUAUUCCAAGUACUAUUUUCAAAAUUUUUGUUUUCUUUUGAAAAAAUCCAUGUAAUCCCAUGAAUAGCCUUUUUUU